GACACACACACACACACACAGAGACCCGUCUCCCUCUCCCUCUUUCCUUGGCCAGCGUCUUUCUAUUCAUCGUUCGCACAUUUGCUUCUCGAGCUUUGCAAUAGCCACUACUUCUCCUUCUGAGAGCUGAGGGCGUCGUUUUGAGCAGGGCUGAGGUGCCGCUGCUGCUGCUGUGAUUUGACGUAAUCACGUGUUGGUUGAACAUUCGGUUCAAGCACGAUGUCAGAACAAAGUGAUCUGACGCAAAAAAUCUCAGAUCCUGUGAUGGAGACUGUUAACAAGAUGCCUGCUUCUCAGACAGCGCCCGCGUCAGAGUACGCCCCUCGCAGUCGUUUCUUGAUGAAGGACAAGAACGUGCACCAGCUUCUGGGUGGCGGCCGAGCUGCUGAUUCCGCACUGUGGAGAGACAAGUACCUCUCCGCUGGAACAUUGGGUGGAUCAACGCUCAUCUGGUUCCUUUUGGAGAAAUCUGGCUACACGCUUGUUACACUGUUGUGCAACAUUCUCUUGUUCGUGAUUGUGAUUCUCUUCCUCUGGUCAAAUGUCGCCUCUCUUUUGCACAGGCCUGGCCCGCCGGUUCCGGAGCUGACUCUUCCAGAGGAUCUUGUUCUGAGUACAGCCAAUGUUGUCCGGAUUGAAGUGAACAAGGCUUUGAGUGUUGCUCGUACUGUUGCUCUUGGCAAGGACUUCAAGCUAUUUUUCAUUGUGAUUGCUUUCUUGUAUGUGGUGUCGACAGUGACCUCGUGGUUCAACUUCCUGACUUGCAUAUGGAUCGGCAUCGUGUUGCUGCACGUGGUUCCGUUCAUCUUCGACAAGUACGAGGACGUGAUCGAUCACCAUGCACGGAAGGCAGCGGACACGGCGAGCGUCCAGUAUAAGAAGAUCGAUAACGCAGUGCUACAGAAGAUUCCUAGAGCCCCGGCUAAGAAGAAGUUGUAGGUUCUCAGGGGGGACCGCAGGGGAGAGGAGGGGGAUGAGUAGGUUGCAUCCAAGCGGGUGAAGGACCUGUAUAUACGUAUGUAACUGGUGGAGAGUAGGACGUAGACAUAUAGCUGAAGCUUUGGACGUAUGUAGCUGCGGAGUUUACAAUGUGCAGCGUGGUAGGAGUGAUGCAAGCGGGUGUCACGAAAUACGAAUGCACAGUUAUGUUCAGUUUGUUUCGUAAACGCGUCCCUUGUGGGCAUUCAUAUUUCUUCUUGAA